GGAUAAAGAAUGGGAGAAAAACAGAAAAGACAACAAAAGCUUCGGAAUGUUCCACGGAUUCCUUGCAUUCGGGUCCCCUCCUCUGCCUACACCCACAACACUCCCUUAAUGAAGGACCUAACCCAAGGGCAGCAACGCUACUUUUAUAGCAUCAUGAGGAUUUACAAUUCCAGGUCCCAGUGGGAGGCCCUGCAGAACCGCUAUAUUCACAGCCUUCAGCACCAGCAGCUGCUUGGCUACAUUACACAACAGGAAGCUUUGGCUCGUGCUGCUGUACUUAGAGAUUCAACCAAGAGAGCCUCAGCUAAGGUAGCUCCUCAAAGAUCCAUCCCCCAGAAGCCUUCAGCCAUGACAAGAACAUGGCUGUCAGCACUACCUGUGUCUAUGGUUCGACCCAGGGCUCAAAGAGCAGGGCUUGGAUCCCUCAGGAAUUGAGACUUUGCACAAGCUCUGAAACAGGCACUUUGCCCAUGUACCCCCAAAUCUAGCGGCUGCUUAGUGUAUAUUUGUUGAAUGAGAAUGAAAAAAAAAAAUAACUUCUAACACACACUCCAUACCUAGAAAUAAUCUCUUUCCCACUCGCAUAAAUUUUACCAGCAAGAACAAGCUGAGGGAUUUAAGAGCAAUUGGAGCUAAGUGUAAACACGCCUUUCACUCCACAUAUAAUCUGUAGAGUGAAAUGACUUUUGAAGCUUUCAAAGUAAAAGCUUCCUUUGAAUUAGAACCUCUCAGACAAGUCCCAAGAACAGUGAAAGGGUGAAAGUCAUCAGAGGGUGCCAGGUUCCCAGUCACAGGGUGACUGUGGAAGCCACCCACUGCAGAUUUUGAAAAUACACAAACCAACACCAAGUUAACACUAAGCAUGCAGGGUUUCCAGAGGCAUAUCAUCUCAGCAGGAACUGGCCUGUGCGUUUCCAUGUCCUCCUUCCCCUCCUCUUUCCCAUUAAGCAAUAGCAUUUAACUUGGCCCCAAAUCUUCUGGUUCUUGCCUGACUCAAUCCCUUUGUGUCAUCUUGAAAUUUGGACUUACCAACUUGCCACAGCUGGGUUCAUUCUACCCGGCUAUAGUUGACCUUAACCCAGGCAAGAGAAUUCAUGCACACGUCCUCCCCUGGCAACUGAAGAUACACUCUCAGCAGAACAAGAAGUAGCCCUUAAAGAACUGGUCUCAACUCUAACCUUGCCAUGGCCUCAUUGGUUUUAAGCAAGCACACAAGACUAGACAAAUAUGAAAGAAAAAAAAGGGGGAUAACAAGUCAAAACCACAUAUAAUGGUAUAGUGUGAUAUUAGUUAUAUUUAAUAGUUAUUUUCAUCACUAGUGAUUUUGUGUGUGUGGAAAGUUAGUCAUCGGGGCUCACAAAAAUUCAAAAAUUUUUUCAUCUUUAUUCUAAAUGUUCAGCCCCCUUCCUUCAUUUAAAUCAGCCAAUGACUUUGUUAUGCCCAUAAAAGGAGUUGCCUGAGAUGGAAUUAUAGACCUGCUUGACAAGGGAUGUGCUGACAUCGAUCUGGAAGGAAGAUGCUCUACCAUUACAAGAAAAAAAAAAUACCCCAUUGAUGAGGAUGUUUAUCUUUUCUCUGCGAUCAUUCAUAAAGAAUAAAGUUUCUUGACCUCUGCAA